AUGCGCGUCGGCUUGUUCGGCGUGCUGGCGCUGCUGGCCCUCGCCGGCCCCCUGGGCUGCGUGGCGCCGCUGCCGCCCACCCCCACGUACCUCAACCACGAGUGGUGGUGGCAGGACGAUGAGGGCACCAGGACUGUGCAACCGCUGGGGCAUGCCGUCCAGAGCGGCUGCUACCCCUACAACCGGGUACUGGAUCGCAAGGGCGUGUAUCAGAUUACCACGCUGCAGCACAAGAACCCGACUGUGUUCCGUGACCAGCAGAUCCGGCUGCGCAAGCCCGACGGCAACUUCAUCAAGAAAAUGGUAGCGCUCCCCGCGUGUGCUGACAUCCACCUGCCCGACAACGGCGCGGUGGGCUGCGGCUACAACUAUUACCGCCCGGGCCUGACCCCCCAGCUCUGCAAGCUGGGCAAGGGCUCCGUGGCAAAGGUGCACGCGCUGUCGAGCACCGACCCCGCCGCCACUCGCAUCGACUGCCGCUACGCUGACGCCACGCCAUACGACACCAGCACCGCGCCGGCCUCGGGCAACGUGCAGCUCCAUGUCCUCAAUAACUACAUUGCCUACCCCAACGUCGUCCAGCAGUACAACAGGACCGGCGACCCAUACUACAUCUCUGACAAAGCGCUGAACGGCAAGACCAUCCAGCUGACAAGCAUGCUGCCUGUGGCCAUUCCCGACCGGACUGGGUACAAGUGCGGCGACGGCACCAGCUGCAACUGGAGCGAAGACGAGCUGUUCCAGAUCGGCACCCAGACCUGGACCGGCGAGCGCACCGUGCUGGCCAAAGGAGGCCCUUUCUUCCUGAUCCCUGUGGGAGGCAAGUGGUGGAUGCGCAUGACGGCCACGGUGUUUGAAAACGCUGCCGGGCGCACCAUCAACAAGCGUCACCUCAUCAUCUUUGACGACGACAUCCGCCAGGCAAGCCCCGCUGGCCUGCCGGGCCAGCCCCGGCCGUUUGCCUGCCUGCCCGCUGCCGUGCUGGCCGGCCUGGGCGCCGCUCGCCGCUGGGGCGAGAAGGGCACCGUCUGGCGCAACAAGACCGGUGAGAUGGACCAUGAGCAUGUGGAGCUGGACCUGAAGGCAGGCGGCGACCUAUCCCCGGGCUGGCACAGCUGA